AUGUCUACCAAGCAAGUAAGUGUCCCCGACGACAUAGAAACCGACAUUUUUGUCGUCGGUGCCGGCGUGACCGGCCUGACCUUCGCAGGCUUGCUAGCCGCUGCCGGGGUGCGAACCUUCACCAUAGCAAAGCACUCAGGGACAGCACCCUCGCCACGAGCCCAUGUCACUAACCAACGGACUAUGGAGAUCUUCCGAGCUAUGGGCAUAGAAGAGCGGGUGCGCGAGGUGUCAACACCGCUGCCGGAACUGGGAAACGGGGUCAUCUGCACCAGUCUGACUGGGUUGGAAGUAGCCCGGUACAGUUGUUAUGGGGCUGGGACUCGUCAGCUUACCGACUUCGCAGCAGCGAGCCCGGUGGAAAUGGUUAAUUCACCACAACAUGUUCUUGAACGGGUGUUGCUGGCACAUGCACUCGAGAAAGGGGCCGAGAUUCGUUACUACAACGAAUUGAUCGAUAUUCAGCAAACGAGCGAAGGCGUUGUCGGUCGGGUGCGAGAACGGCAGACUGGUGCUGAGUACACCGUCCGCGCCAAAUAUGCCAUCGGAGCAGAUGGUGGUCGGUCGUUGGUCGCCCAGCAUGCAGGCAUUGAAUUCCAAGGCGAGCAUGGGCUCAUCAACAUGCUCACGUCGUGGCUGGAAGCCGAUGUCACGCCGUACACUGCGUACCGGCCCGCUUGCAUCUACAUGAUGGCACAGCCUGGAAACGCAUUCUGGGUGGGCUCUGGAACAUUGGUUGCUGUCAAGCCUUACACUGAAUGGCUCCUCAACCGACAAUACAAUGCCGGAGAUGAGCCGGAUCUCUCUGAAGAGGCGGUUAUUGGGUACGCUCGUAAGGCCUUGGGAAUUCCCGAUCUCAAGGUCACGGUUAAGAACAACAGCAAAUGGCAGGUCAACAACGUGUAUGCCACCAAGACCUCCCACGGACGCAUCUUUUUGGCCGGGGACGCGGCGCAUCGGCACCCACCGGCUAGCGGAUUGGGAAGCAACACCUGCGUUCAGGACGCGUACAAUCUUGCCUGGAAGCUCGGGCUAGUGGUAUCCGGCAAGGCGAAUGAUCGCAUGUUACAGAGCUACAGCCAGGAACGGCAGCCUGUGGCCGAGCAAAUUGUAAAGCAUGCAAUCCAGUCCCUGUAUAACUUCGCGCGGGUGCCGCAAGCCCUAGGCUUCAAACAAGGCCAGUCAACCGAAGAGGGCUACAAGUCGCUGGAAGAACUUUUCUCGGACUCCCCGAAAGCAGAAAAACGUCGGGCAGACUUAAAGGAGGCAGUGGAGCUGCAGCAUCGCCGGUCCAAUGCUCUUGGUCUGCAACUAGGCUAUCGGUAUAAGAGCUCUGACGCGAUUGUAUACGAUGGAACACCGUUCGCCCCAUAUCAACGUGAUCCGGUGCUCCACUACGAACCCACAACACAUCCGGGUGCCUAUCUGCCACAUUCUUGGAUCCAACACAAAACCAAGCUCAUAUCCACGUUGGAUAUUUUCGAAUUCGGCCAGUUUGGGCUUCUUGUCGGAAUCGGGGGCGACCCAUUUGUGGAGGCGGCGAAGACGGUGCGCCAAGAACUCGGGGUCCAGCUCCCGGUCUACAAGCUUGGAUAUCGCUGCCCAUAUGAUGACGUGCUGGGAGAGUGGUACAGUGUAUGUGAGAUUGGGGAUCGGGGUGCCCUCUUGGUACGACCGGAUCGUCACAUUGCCUGGCGCACAUUUGAUCGCCCUGGGGAUCCGACUGAGGCCUUACGGUCUGCAUUCCGUCAAGUACUUGGUCUUUAG